GCUGUUUACACGGGCCUUUCAUUCCUGCGCUGUUUGCUUAUGGAAAAUAAGGGGGAGUGACAGAAAAAGAGAAAGAGAGAAGGGAAGAGAGGGAGGCCCAGCCCGCASUGCAACCCAGGAACCUUGGCCCUGCGUGAUCAUUAACCCCGCUGCUGGAGGCGGCAGGCUCUGGCUCCCCCCUUGUCACUGGCAUGUGAGCGGCCCGGGGCUGCGGGCGGUGCCGGCCCCUCACAGCCCCCCGGGCGGCUGGGCGCGCAUUUCCUCGCCGAAACACACACACACACACACACACACGGAGCGCGCCUCUGCCUUGACUGCAGACAUGAGACUCCAGCUGCUCCUCUGGAUCGUGUUUGUGCUCCUGGCGAGCCUCCUCGCAGCCUCCGGACAGCGGCCAGCCAACCUGGCCCUGCGCAGGAAGCUCCACCGACACGGCUGCUCCCACCGGCGCUGCAUGCCGCUCCACUCCCGAGUGCCCUUCCCCUGAGCCCCGGCGCAGCGCGGCCAGCAAUUUCAUAUUGGACUUGUCAGUAUUUUAAAGGAGCAACAGUUAAACCAAUGGAGAAGUCAAAAGUCCAGAUCAACAACAGCUGACCUGACAGCCACCACAGUCCCAUCUUCAGCAGUCCUGUCUGUCACAUUCUGCUGGACCUGGAAUAAAGGUCCCUGUCUCACAUCAUAGGAAGUGGUGGUGAUGGGAGGCUGGUGAUGGAGGAGGAUGUACAUGAACUUACCUGGUUGAGUCAUUCCCUGUAAAUUGCUUGGCUCUCAUAGUGACUAGUGAAAGUUAAAAAUCAAUUCAAACAUCAGGUACCUAAGCUGGAUUUCCAGUGGCAGUACAAAGGGAGGCAGUAAGGCGGAUCUUAAUGGUAUAUAAUGUUCGGGCUGAGUGAAAUUACAUGUGCUGUUGACCACUCAGUUCAGGCUGUGUACAGGGCAGCUUUUAGGAUGAAAUAGUAUCAAACUCGCACGGAACUGUGAAAGUCCUUUUUUUGUUCAUACUUUUAUGUAUUAAUAAUAUAUACAUAUGUGUUUUAACACGUAACAUUACAUCUUUACAGAAUUACCUUAAUAAUAACAUAGAAUACAUUACCACAAUAAUACCAAAGUCAGCACCACACUAGUGGUUCUACUGGCUUCAUUUAUAGUAAGCACAGUAAGAGUUUACAAUGUAAGAAAGCAAAGAGAGUGUUAUCCCUCAUUCUAUAGACAGAGAAUUGAAGCACACAGAGAUAAGAGAUUAGCCAAGGGUCAUGCAAAACUGAUAACUCAGAUCUCUCAAUCCAGGCCUUAAGGUCAAGCCCAUCCUCCUGUCUAAUGAGCUGUUACUGCAAAGCCUAUCAUUUGUUUUCYUAAACUGGGCUGCCAAACCAGACAGUUAAAACAUACUUGAGACUUCAGUACUACAGAGCUAUUUACUUAAUAGUAGUUUUCCUAAAAAACCCACUACAGUAUUAUAAAUAGAGCAUAAAAAUAGACCAUUGAAAAGGARCCUUUGUUUGGUCAGCCCGAGUGUUGCAUAGCACGCUAUUCCUGUAAUUUAAAUGAAUGGGAUAUUUGAACAUGGCACUACAAUGAAUGAGGACUUCAAACAGAAAACAGGCUGUUCUUUUCAGCACUGGAGGUCAAGAAUACAUUGAGCUUACUUAGAGUUUUGUUCUUAAAGAUGUAUGUUUCACAUCUGCCUUUUAUAUCAGCAGAAAUUACAUACCUACAUAUAAAGGAAAACAUGGUAGCCCUUUCAUUAGCACAACUAAAACAAACSUGAAAGUAAAACAUACCCAAAUUUUUAAGUCAUUGCAUUAGACUUGAAAUGUCAACAUUUUUUAUAAAAUAUAUGAAGAUUUUCAAAGAGAGAAAUGUCAUGGUUUAAGUAUAGCAUUACAUUUUUUUUUCUUAUAACACAUAGUUUCUAAUAAAUGAAAGAACAGCAAUAAAAGAAACUGGAUAGUGGAAAUUUUCUAAUCAGGGUCUAUAUGUAACCCUUUAAGAACUUGAAAUCUUGAUUGAAUUAAUACUGUCAGAGCUUAACAAGAGUUUUCAAAUUUCUCUGUAUAUGAAAAAAAUGGAAAUAAAACAUCAGACCCUCUUCUGGAGUUGUGUAAAGCCAUCAUAGAAAGAUGGUCAAACUUACCUAAACCAACAAACAGUCCUGCAGGUAAACCUUUGGAGUCUUGGGGGGGAAAAAAAGCAGUUUCCCAAAGAGACUUUCUACCACUUAUAUAUAUAUUUUUAGUUAUUUAUUUAACUUGGCUUUGGUAUGUAUCCUUGGCUAUAUCUGUUUAGAAGAACAGGUAAAGAAUGAGGGAAAGCAAGAAAAGUGAAGMGUAGCCAUGUAACAGUUAUAUCUUAUAAAUGAGUAUAUGGUUCUGUUGUGAUACUGGGUAUUUUAUAUAAUCAUAAUUAUUCAAUUAACUUGGAAAAAAAAUCAUAAUAAAAACAGUGUAUCUAUCAGAAAGCUAAAUAUGCAUGUUCCUGCACAGAGGUAAAAAUAAAACAGUGCCCUGUGGAGCCCAUUGUCAGUCUACAGAAUAUUCUAAAUGUCUGUUCUUUAAAGACAUGCUGAUACCAUAAAAUCUGCUGUGAAAAAGGCAUUGAUUGUGAUCAUUGAUAGAUAUGUUUAUCAACUUAGUGGUUAAUUGUAUAUUUUGUAAAAAGACAGUAUGCAUUUCAAAUAAUAUCUCAUUUGAAAUWAACUUUGUACACUCUUCAAAGUCUGUAUUCUUCAGCUGUCAAAGUCAAUAAAUCUAAAAACUGAGACCUUAUGUACUUUCCCUGUGGAUUCAUAUARAAUCAGUGUGUAAAAUUUUUUUACUCAAUUUCUGAUACAAAUAAAU